GCUGGUCAGACGUGCCACCCUAGCAGCCGAGUAGGUGGCGGGUUCUGGACGUGGUGGCCACUUUCUGAGCUGCGGUGAUGGAGGUGUCGCGCUGCCGACUCGGACCCCGCGGGAACAGUGCCUUUGAAGAUGAGGCCAAGAAGCUCCGACAGCUGAAACUCGAUAAUCAGAGAGCAUUGCUGGAGAAGAGGCAGAGGAAAAAGCGCCUGGAGCCUCUCAUGGUACAGCCCAAUCCAGAAGCCAGGUUACGCCGAUUAAAGUCAAUAGCUAGUGAGGAGCAGACUCCUUUGGUGGAACCUCAGACCCCUCACAGCAGUGUCAUCUUGCAUGGCAUUGACGGCCCAGCUGCUUUCCUGAAGCCAGAUGCUCAAGAUUUGGAAACCAAACUUCAUGUUGUCUCAGCCGGCUCUUCUGCUACAGAAGAGGAUACCGAAGGAAGUGUUGAUGGCGAAAGCAGUUUGGACACUGCUUCCAAGCCAGAUCUUCAGGAGAUUCUCCAAAAACACGGUAUCUCAGGUAGUUUGAACUUUGAUGAGGAAGAAACUGAUGGAGAGGAAGAAGGAGAAAAAUCAAGAUCUCAUUCACCAUAUUCAGAGGCAGAGAAACUCAAUUCUACCUCCAGCCAGAAAUCAACCAUAGUAUGUAGCUCUGAAAGGUCUUCCUUUGGAGCUAAGGAUACUGGAGCUGCCGGCACUGCCGCCCAACAGCCUGAUAACCAGCUGGGAGAAGUCGAGAACUUAGAGGACUUUGCUUAUAGUCCUGCCCCUCGAGGCAUCACGGUCAAGUGUCGGAUAACAAGGGAUAGGAAAGGAAUGGAUCGGGGUCUCUUCCCCACUUACUAUAUGCACUUGGAAAAGGAUGAAAAUCGGAAGAUAUUUCUGCUGGCAGGGAGAAAGCGGAAAAAGAGCAAAACAUCCAACUACCUUAUCUCCACUGAUCCAACAGAUUUAUCUCGUGAAGGUCAAAGUUACAUUGGCAAACUCAGGUCCAACCUCAUGGGGACCAAGUUUACAGUUUACGACCACGGUGUCAGCCCCAAGGCCAGAGGCCGGGUAGAAAAGACCCAUACCCGGCAGGAGCUGGCAGCCAUCUGUUACGAAACAAAUGUACUUGGAUUUAAAGGUCCUAGGAAAAUGUCUGUGAUCAUUCCAGGAAUGAACAUGAGUCAUGAACGGAUCCCAUUUCGGCCACAAAAUGACCAUGCAAACCUGCUUUCCAAGUGGCAGAACAAAACCCUAGAGAAUGUGAUUGAGCUGCACAACAAAGCGCCCGUCUGGAACGAUGACACCCAAUCUUAUGUCCUAAACUUCCACGGCCGGGUCACUCAGGCGUCUGUGAAGAACUUUCAGAUAGUCCACGAAAAUGACCCUGACUAUAUAGUCAUGCAGUUUGGACGUGUGGCCGAUGACGUGUUCACCCUGGACUACAACUACCCGCUGUGUGCACUUCAGGCCUUUGCCAUUGGGCUUUCUAGCUUCGACAGCAAGCUAGCGUGUGAAUGAGACGCAAGCACGUACACGUGGGGCUAGGCUUCUCACCACAGACCUCUCAGGAGCAGAUGGUGGCCUCCCUCUGCCCUCGCCCCAGCAUAUGAGACAAUCUGCCCCUUUUGGAAUGAUCCCUGAAUGGGUGUAUGUGUAUAUAUGUGUGUGUAUAUAUAUGUGACACACACUUCUCUGGGUGUCACAGACAUGGUCGAGGAUUACAGUUUAACUUAGGUGAGGGAUUAGUCAAAGCACAGGGAGGGUCUUGUCCAGUGCACAUAGGUGACUCCCGAUGUUAUUGCCUAAUAGAUCCUGUACUUUGAGAGUCAGAUUUCCUGUGCUUGGAAACUUGAAGCUAGAAUCAGGUUCUAAUGAUUAAAUAUUUGGGUCUCUUUUUUGGAAGACGUUUUCAGAGAGUUCCCUAAAUUGCCUUUAGUCUCCAGGUCUGUAGACCUUUUCUACAAAUGGCCAGGUAAUCUCUCUUAAAACUACUUCGCUCUGUCGUUGUACUGCAAAGGCAGCCAUGGUCGAGUCAUGAGCGUUUGAACACGUGUGACCACCUGCCGGUGAAUAUUUACAAAACCAGGCAGCAGGCCAGGUUUGGCCCAUGGGCUGUAGUUUGUCAGUCUCUGCUUCAGGUAUGUCUCUUUCACCUCUGGACUUGGACAUCUUCCAACAUGGGCCUGUGGCCAUGAGAUGAUAUGAGUGGGGAAUGGAUGUCUCCAGGAAGCAGCAGUCCUACAGAUUGGAUCUAAAGAGAUCCUCGGCUACAUUCACGGUUAUGUAGCGUUACCUCGUUUUGGUAUGAUGGUUUUUAGAGUAUCAUCUACCACCAGAACUGGGAAACCCAAAGUCUGUGAUCAUUUUAAGUCCACAUAGGUGGCUUAAUUUGGCUAUCCUACCCAACUUACCCAUGGGAGAAGGCAGUGUCAGCUACUUCACCUACCAUAACAGAAGAACUUAUGCUCACUAAGAAACAAAUCUAGAAUUGUCUUUAUCAGAGGGAGUGUGGUAUUUGUUUCUUAGAGCUAGCUUGUUGUCCCCUUGGGGCUUAGAAGGUACUGAUGUCACAGGGCCCCACCUCCCUUUCUUCCCCCAAAGCAGAUUGGCUGGCACCAAUCUCAAAGUGGCUGUGGCCAAAUUUGUAAUCAAUGAAAUGAGAAUUUUAUAUAAUUGUCUUAAAUUUGGUUUAGGCUGAAAGCAUAAACUCAAGAGAUGACUUAGUCUAGUUAAGAAUGAGAAUAAUUUGACAGUUGCCUUCAUUUUCAACCCAGGAGUGCCUCCCACAAUUGUAUUAUUAUGAAGCCAUUAGUAUAGGGCAGCAGUUCUCAAUCUGUGGGUCGCGACCCCUUUGGGGGUCGAAUGACCCUUUCACAGGGGUUGCCUAAGAC